UAAUGUAUACCCAGAAUGCUUUGCACUUUCACCCAAAACAUCUUCGAAGGCUACAUUUUGGUCACCUAAGCAAACCUUCAAUUAAUCAGUAAUAUUACCUCAGCCUUGCCUUAGCGUUCCGUGUUUUAAUAACAGGUGGAUUUACAAGCUAUUUUUACCCAGGACUAAAGUCAGUCUCCUCAAUGGACCAGGACUAUGAGCGGCGGCUGUUGCGGCAGAUCAACAUACAGAAUAUAAACUGCAGUCCCAUUAAAUCAACAGAAGUGGUCCGCAACCUGACACCUACAAGUUCCCCGCUAUCAUCCCCUAGCAAACAUGGAGACAGAUUUAUCCCAUCCCGAGCUGGAGCCAACUGGAGCAUCAACUUCCACAGAAUAAACGAGAAUGAGCGGUCACCUAGCCAGAACAGAAAAACAAAAGAUGCCACUACAGACAACAGUAAAGCGGACGGCCUGGCCUACUCGGCCCUGCUGAAGAACGAGUUGCUGGGGGCAGGCAUCGAGAAGGUCCAGGACCCUCAGAGCGAGGACCAGCGCCUGCGACCUUCUACCCCGGAGAGGAGGCGACUAUUUAACUACUCUCUCAGUGCCAAGCGCUCCUCCCCCGAUGACAACAACACUCUGUCCCCUUACUCCCUGUCACCUGUCAGCAGCAAAAGUCAGAAGCUAUUACGGUCUCCACGAAAGCCCACCCGUAAAAUCUCUAAGAUUCCUUUUAAGGUGCUUGAUGCACCGGAACUACAAGACGACUUCUACCUCAACCUAGUGGACUGGUCCUCCCUAAAUGUGCUCAGUGUGGGCCUGGGGACCUGUGUAUAUCUGUGGAGUGCGUGCACCAGUCAGGUAACACGUCUGUGUGACCUGUCAGUAGAGGGCGACUCUGUCACAUCCGUGGGCUGGUCGGAACGAGGCAAUCUGGUGGCAGUGGGAACACAUAAAGGCUUUGUACAAAUAUGGGACGCAUCUGCAGGCAAGAAACUGUUUGCGCUUGAGGGCCACACAGCGAGAGUGGGUGCUUUGGCAUGGAACGCCGACCAGCUCUCGUCAGGCAGCCGUGACCGCAUGAUCCUGCAGCGGGACGUGCGCACGCCCCCCCAGCAGUCGGAGCGGCGGCUCCAGGGACACCGGCAGGAGGUCUGCGGCCUCAAGUGGAGCACCGACCACCAGCUGCUCGCCUCCGGGGGCAACGACAAUAAGCUACUGGUGUGGAACCACUCUAGUGUGGUGCCCGUGCAGCAGUACACGGAACAUCUGGCUGCGGUCAAGGCCAUCGCCUGGUCGCCCCACCAGCACGGGUUGCUGGCAUCGGGCGGCGGCACGGCCGACCGCAGCAUCCGCUUCUGGAACACGCUUACAGGGCAGCCCCUGCAGUCCAUCGACACAGGCUCACAAGUCUGCAACCUGGCCUGGUCCAAGCACGCUAAUGAGCUGGUAAGCACACAUGGAUACUCACAAAACCAGAUCCUGGUGUGGAAAUACCCAUCCCUUACUCAGGUGGCCAAACUCACUGGACACUCGUACCGAGUCCUCUACCUGGCCAUGUCGCCAGAUGGAGAGGCCAUCGUCACAGGAGCCGGAGAUGAGACCCUGCGCUUCUGGAAUGUCUUCAGUAAAACACGCUCGACCAAGGAGUCGGUGUCUGUCUUGAACCUCUUCACCAGAGUACGAUGACCCCCGUAGAGUGAAAGACUAAAAUCAUGUUGAGGGAUAUGACCUCUUUUAUAGGUGGAGGAAGAAGGCAAAGGUGUUGAGAGAGGGGACUGUCGAUUGAUGUUUACAGAAUUUUAUAGACCUCCAUCAGGACUGCCUUGUAUACAUUCAGGAUUAAUUUCAAAAGCUUACUUGAUUUGGUGUAUUUUGUGUUUGUUUUUUGUGUUUUGUUUGCAAUUAAUGCACAUUUUAUAACAUUUUGUGUUUUUUAAGUUGCUAAAUAUCCUAAAUGUACAAUACUGUAUAAGCAUCAAGAAAUGUAAGUGUCCUAAAUCUUUACAAUUUAAAGAUAGAUGUCCUUUACCAUUGUGUCAUCUUUUCUGGGUUGUUUUCAGAUAAAUGGUAAUGUUAACAGUGACAAUUGGUGUGUGUGCACUGAAAAAGAGUUUACGUCCCUUGUGUAGUUCCAAUUUGUUUUAGCAAUGCAUUUUUAAUGUGCACUGUACUUGAGAAUGAGCAGUGUACUUUUGAAUGUAACCAGUAACCAAUUUAACAGCUGAUUUGGUCAGUGAUGUAUAAUGGUGAAAAAUAAGCUAAUCAUGGCCCGGACUCCUCAACACCAAGUGUAUCCAGUGAUGGUAGACUUUGGACACACCGUUGCUCUCUUGCAAUGAAUGGACAAACAUCACAUAUGUCCGUCUUAACUUUAUUCCAUGUGGUUUUGAACAUACCAUUAGAAUAUCUGUAUUUACAUGAGUUCAAAGUAUAUUACAGCCGCUGAGGAGCUAGAGGAAGAGGUACAUUGAUAUCCAGUUAUGGUGUGAAAGUGAGAAGACAGCCUGGCACAUUUUACAGGUUUAUGCAUAUAUAGGUUAUACACAAACACUUUUUAGAGUUGGACAGGCAUAAUGUGAAAAUAUAGUAAUGGAUCAUUCAACAUUGCAUACAAUAUCAGUACUCCCAAUCACAAUACAAUGUCAAAAAAUCUGUUUGGUGGCAUCAACUGCAAAAUAAAGGUGGAUAGAUCUAGUAAAGGUGAACAAAAGGCUAA